AUGAUCAAGGUAGAAGGACAAGUUGGCCAUCUAGCAAAUCAAGUGGGGGAAAGAGAAAGAGGGAAGUUCCCUAGUCAACCUGUGCCUAACCCAAAAGGGCAAUUUGUGAUUGGAAGUUCCUCUGCCUCUAUGCAUGGUCAGGAUCAUGUACAAGCCAUCACCACUUUGAGGUCAGGCAAACAGGUGGAUAAUCAAGUGGUCAUGCCUGAAGAGGCCACUAAGGUUGCAGAAGAGAAGGAAAACCUGGACAAGCCUGCGGAAGACACAGGACCGGACAUUGCCAUUCCGAUUACUGAGGAUCCUUCCAAAAAGUAUAUACCCAAAGCUCCAUAUCCAGAAAGACUGAAACCGCCAAAGAAGAGCUCGAAGUUCGAUGAUAUUUUGGAAGUGUUCAAGCAAGUGCAGAUAAACAUUCCAUUCCUAGAUGCCAUCCAGCAAGUGCCUUCUUAUGCCAAAUUUCUGAAGGAUUUGGUCACCAUCAAGAGAAAGACGAACGUCCCCAAGAAAGCUUUCCUGACUGAGCAGGUCAGCUCUAUCUUGCAAUACAAGAUGCCUGUAAAGUAUAAGGACCCUGGAUGUCCUACCAUUGCUUGCAAGAUUGGUGACAAUCGAGUUGAGAAAGCUCUGUUGGAUUUGGGGGCCAGUGUAAAUCUACUGCCAUAUUCAGUAUUUGUUCAGUUGGGAUUGGGAGAGUUGAAAUCCACUUCAAUUACACUUCAGUUGGCUGACAGAUCUGUGAAGGUUCCAAGGGGAAUUAUUGAAGACGUGCUGAUCAAAGUUGAUAAGUUCUACUACCCUGUGGACUUCAUUGUCCUAGAUACAGAGACGGAAAAUGCAGAAAUUCAAGUUCCAAUCAUAUUAGGGCGUCCCUUUUUAGCUACGGCUAAUGCCCUAAUCAACUGUAGAACUGGAGUCAUGAAGAUAUCAUUUGGAAACAUGACAGUGGAACUGAACAUCUUUGAUAUCAGCAAGCAGCCAUUUGAGUAUGAGGAGGUCAGAAGCACAUGCUUAAUUGAGGAGAUAGUAGAGAAAACUGUCAAUGAACCAGAUAUUGAAGACCCCUUGGGAGAAUGCCUGAUUGCACUGGGAAGUGACAUGGCACUGGACACUUUAUUGGAACAAGCUGACGCCUUGUUAGACUCAACUCCUGAGAUAAAGACGGAGACUACAGAAAUUACUUUGACAUCGUCCCCUGAUCCAUCUUCAUUAGCAGCUGAGCCUGUCAAGCGGGAGUUGAAGCCUCUACCAGACACCCUGAAGUACAAGUAUCUGGAUCCUAUAGAAUCUCUGCCUGUGAUCAUUGCUGCCGAUUUGGAUAGUGAUCAGGAACAUGAGCUGUUAGAAGUUUUGAGAGAGCAUAAAGAAGCAAUCGGGUGGUCAAUAGAAGAUAUCAAAGGAAUCAGCCCUACAGUAGUGAUGCAUAAGAUUCAUCUGGAAGAAAAUGCUAAAACUUCUCGCGAGCCACAGAGACGGUUGAAUCCGGCCAUGCAAGAGGUAGUUCGAGCAGAGGUAAUUAAACUUCUGGAUGCGGGAAUCAUAUACCCAAUCUCUGACAGCAAAUGGGUGAGUCCCAUUCAUGUGGUGCCGAAGAAGGCAGGGAUUACAGUUAUCAAGAACAAGGAAAAUGAGUUGGUCCCCACUCGGCAUGUAAUUUCCCACAAAGGUAUUGAGGUUGACAGAGCUAAGGUUGAUCUGAUAUCUAACCUUCCGCCCCCGCGGACAGUUAAGGAGGUUCGGUCAUUUCUGGGACAUGCUGGGUUCUACAGAAGAUUCAUCAAGGACUUCAGCAAGAUAGCAAGACCUCUAUGUAAUCUAUUGGCAAAAGAUGUUCCUUUUGACUUCAAUGACAAGUGCCAGACAGCCUUUGAGAUUCUGAAAAAGACCUUAACUUCUACACCAAUCAUUCAGCCACCUAAUUGGGGGGUUCCGUUCGAGAUAAUGUGUGAUGCCUCUGAUUAUGCUAUGGGAGCCGUUUUGGGUCAGCGAGUAGAGAAGAUUCCGCAUGUCAUAUACUAUGCCAGCAAGACUCUGAAUGAUGCACAACUUAACUACUCCACUACUGAAAAGGAGUUGUUAGCUGUAGUGUUUGCUCUGGAUAAGUUUAGAUCUUACUUGCUAGGGUCUAAAGUCUUAGUCUACUCGGAUCAUGCUGCACUGAAAUAUCUAUUGUCAAAGAAAGAUGCUAAAUCUCGUCUCAUCCGGUGGAUUCUGUUGCUGCAAGAGUUUGAUAUUGAAAUUCGGGACAAGAAGGGUUCCGAGAAUGUGGUAGCUGACCAUCUAUCUAGGCUGGUUGUCGACUUCAAUGAAAAUGCUGUGCCGAUUGCUGAGACAUUCCCUGAUGAACAACUUAUGCACAUCUCUCAAAAUCAUGCACCAUGGUUCGCAGACAUAGUGAACUACCUUGUCACUGCCCAAAUGCCAUCACAUUGGACUAGGCAAGACAAAUCAAAAUUCUUGGCUGGGGCGAAGUACUUCUUUUGGGAUGAUCCUUACCUGUUCAAAUACUGCCCAGAUCAGAUUAUAAGGAGAUGCAUUCCUGAAAAUGACCAGCAAAAUGUCCUAUCUUUUUGCCAUGAUCAUGCAUGUGGAGGCCACUUCAGUUCUAAAAAGACCGCGGCGAAGAUUCUUCAAAGUGGAUUCUAUUGGCCCUCCAUUUUUCGUGAUGCCCAUGCCUACUGUUCAGCCUGUGAUAGAUGCCAGAAGUUGGGGAGCAUUGGAAGAAGGAAUAUGAUGCCGCUGAACCCGAUCCUUAUUGUGGAGCUGUUUGAUGUUUGGGGCAUUGAUUUCAUGGGUCCCUUCCCUAAUUCUUAUGGGUAUCUUUUCAUCCUUGUGGCGGUGGAUUAUGUUUCCAAGUGGGUGGAGGCUAUUGCCUGCAAGACUAAUGAUCACAGAGUCGUGUUGCAAUUUUUGAAGGAAAAUGUGUUCGCACGUUUUGGGACACCACGUGCCAUCAUCAGUGAUGGGGGGAAGCAUUUCUGCAACCGAUAUUUUGAGCAACUCAUGAAGAAGUAUGGUAUUACUCAUAAAGUUGCAACUCCCUACCAUCCUCAGACAAGUGGGCAAGUUGAGAUAUCCAACAGAGAAAUCAAGAGGAUAUUAGAAAAGACGGUGAACCCGACAAGGAAGGACUGGUCUCUUCGACUCAAUGACGCUCUGUGGGCAUACCGGACUGCAUUCAAGACUCCAAUUGGCAUGUCUCCCUACCGACUCGUGUAUGGCAAGGCUUGUCACCUCCCUGUGGAAUUGGAGCACCGGGCUUAUUGGGCUAUAAAGCAGCUAAAUUUCAACCUCACCAAGGCUGGUGAGCAAAGGAAGUUACAGCUAGAUGAAUUAGAAGAAUUGAGGAAUGAUGCCUACAACUGUGCCAAGCUAUACAAAGAUCAGAUGAAGAAGAUCCAUGACCAAAACAUUUUGAGAAGAUCAUUUGAAGUUGGUCAGAAAGUCCUCCUUUACAACUCACGUCUGCAUCUGUUUCCAGGAAAGCUCAAAUCCCGAUGGACUGGACCAUUCAUAGUGCGUGCAGUUUCUACUCAUGGAGCCAUCGAAAUCCAGGAUCCUAAGAAUGGAAGUGCUCUCAAGGUCAAUGGUCAGCGGUUGUGUUAUUAUGAGUAA